ACUCCAUUAAAGACCAAUAUAAGAGAGAGUACAUGAGAGUCCAAACUUCAUUCAAUUCAAGUCUCAGUUCCAAGAAUAAAAACAAAGAUUUUGUAUAUUCAUUUAAAGAGAUGAAGUCAAUCUUAGCCAACACUUCUCUCGAUUCUUCAUUCUCUCUCUCAAAACGUUACUUCAAUUGGAAGAAGAAGAAAGUUCAAGAAGACGACGACGAGGAAGAGGAAGAAGAAGAAGACGAUUACAACAAAAACGAAGAGAAAAUCUUGACCCGUUUCAAUUUCUCCUCUGACCCGACCCGACCGGAUCAAUUCAAUACUCAACACAUAAUGAAGAAAAAAAAGAAAAAGACUAUCGAAAAGAUCCGUUACGCUCUCGGGUUCUCUAACUCGGGUCUGGGUUUCCGGGUCGUGGGUACUUUAUUCGGUAACCGUCGUGGACACGUGUACUUUGCCGUUCAAGAUGACCCGACCCGUUUACCCGCGGUGUUGAUCCAGUUACCAACUCCAACGAGCGUUCUCGUCCGUGAGAUGGCUUCGGGGCUAGUGAGAAUCGCGCUCGAAACGGCGGCGUAUAAGACGGAUUCGAAGAAGAAGCUUUUAGAAGAGUCCACGUGGAGAACGUAUUGUAACGGUAAAAAAUGUGGUUACGCGGCGAGGAAAGAGUGUGGAGAAGCGGAGUGGAAGGUGUUGAAGGCGGUUGGGCCCAUAACAAUGGGUGCUGGAGUUUUACCGGCGGCGACGACGGUGGAUGAAGAAGGGAAUGGAGCGGUUGGGUCCGAAAAAGGUGAGCUCAUGUAUAUGAGAGCCCGGUUCGAGCGGGUUAUCGGGUCGAGAGAUUCGGAGGCGUUUUAUAUGAUGAAUCCUGAUGUGUCAAGUGGUGGACCUGAGCUUAGUGUGUAUUUUCUAAGGGUUUAAGUGGAAAAUGAUAAGAUUAGUAUAUGAUUAAGAAGGUAUUAUUUGACCAUUUUAAGAAUGUGUUUUGAUUUUGGGAUUUUGUCUAAAUGAUGUUCAACGUGUAAUAUUGGAAUUAUCUUAAUGAUGUUCCAAAAGAUUAGUGAUCAAAAAGUGAAUGCUUUAUUUAGAAGCAAUGUAUUAUGAUGAAUCCAUAUUUCUUUAACUUUAUCUUUGUGA